AUGUCGAUACAAGGGGACCCAAAGCACAAGCAGGCAAGGCGUAGAGUGGCCGCCGAAAUCGGCCGCAUCAGGCGUGAAAUGGAAGAUAUGGCUGAUGAGGCUCAAACUGGACAUUCCCUCGGCCAACUGCUCCGCCGCCGUGUGGAGCUUCAGCAUCGCAUCCAGCAACUUCGCGACGAGGAGGAAAGGCUGCGACGUGAGUCGUUUAUAAAUAUGCUCAUGGAGCGGCGUCGGUCGGAUAAAGAAAGACGGUCGCGGUCACCUCUGCAUCAUUCAGUGAAGCGUGAGACACCGAGUCCAACCAUACCGGAGGAGGAGGAAAGCAAGGAUGUUGGAUCUGCGGCAGAAGUUGUGGAGGCUGUGGUUGACAAAAGAUGCGAGAGCCCCCCAGUAGCUGAGGUUCACAUGAAGCCUGCUCGCGUUUCGGUGUGUGCCACAGACACAUCCGAGAGUGAAAGUACCCCCGAAAGGAAAAGCGAGAGCGCGAAGAUAGAAAGUAUAGUGGUGACCCCUCCACGACCCAUAACAAAACCAACUACGGUAGCCGAAUCAGAGGUAAGUAAACCAGAGGAGGCUUCUUUUAUUGCAGCGGGGUUGGAUAAGGCCCUACUUCAGAUGAUUCAGUCAUCAGAGAGGCGAGUCACUGCGGUGGAGGCGCAAGCAGAGGCGGCCAGACGCGCAAAGGACGCGAAACUAAGGGAGACUAACCUUCUUCGCGAGCAGUCAAAGCGCCGGUUUGAGCUUGUUGACGAUAUGUAUACAAAAGCAAUAGAGCGUCGAAUGCGCGCAAUGAGGCGAAUCGCCGCCGACCCACCAGCCGAUCGUCUCAUUGGACAGAACGCGGCGCAGCACGUUCCCCUAAGCAUGCUCACGAAGGAAACCCGGAAGUUGGGAAUGUGUCUUAUGCCGGGGGCACAGAAAAGCCAGAAUGCCAAAGGAGGGACUGGCGUUAGCGGCCUUUUGGAGAUGCACCGCAGUAACUUCUUCUUAACUGGGGUUGAUGCUAGCAGGAGCGGUGUCUUUAUAAAGGGACACCCCGAGAAUUCGGUAGAGGCGGAGAUAAAUGAGCAUCUCCAUGGACAAUCUGAAGAAACACCGUCAGACGGCAGGGGCGGGAGGUUACUACGACCCUCUGGUGCUGAAGAUUUGGAAAGGGAGGCGCAUGAAGAGCUGCUUCGUCAAUGGCGGGAGUUGGGUUACACCGCUGUGUACCUCCCCGCAUCCCGGCGUCUGGCCUUUCCAUUUAGUGAAGGCCGUGAAGGCACCAGAAGGCGUCGUGAUCCCUACGCAUGGAUGCACUUGGAUCCGCUGCCAGUUGUGCAUUUAAUACAGCGGCGACUCCCAGAGCAGCCAUUAACUCGGCCUGUAGUGGGACUACCGGCGUCAGCACGUGCCGGUUGUCCAACUGUUAGAGGCGCCAGUAAAAAUGUGGGGCAAUCAAAGGCGCGUGUGAGGUAA